AGUUCGCUCCGGGUCAGCCUUUGAGACGCCCUGCUUCUCUCGGACGCAGUCAGUUCUCGACUUGAACACUUCGCCACGAAAAAAUUUCUCCUGACAACCCCCUCCCCCCAUAUGACAGAGAUCAUUUCAAUCGCGACACUCUGUUUAUAUUCAAUAAUACCCGAACGAAAAGCGAUUUUUCCCCGGAGGAAAAGUAGCGAAAACAUGUACAAUAAUUCUGUUUCAUAAUUGUGUUUAUCCGCCCCUCUUCCCUCCUCCCCUGUGAACCCCUCUGAUCCUUUCCCUCGGAGCAGCCUUUACUUUUUAAUUAUCUCUUGACUGAAUCAUGACGCUAAGGAGCUCUGUGCUGGAUUGAAUUUUGUUAGACUCGGUCUCUCGGCGAAACAAUAGACCUCGGGCGAUAAAAGCUGUUUGUUUUUAUGGUGUUUGCGGGUCGCGCCUUUUAUUCUCAUUUGGUGUCGGUAGUGGCAAUGAUUCCGUCGGUUUUAUGACCCUGGAGUUAUAUUUGCACAGUUUUGUGAGUCUAAGUGCUUCGAGGCAACAGAUUUGAACCAUUUUCUCGACUGCAGAUAAUUGCACGGAGGAAUAGAGACCAUAAAUAAAGCGCACUUGAGGAGCUCUAAAUACAAAAUCGGAAAAGUUUGAGAGCAUCAGAGCUGGACUGCGAUGAUGCAAAGUUUCAGUCAAACCGGUUUGGAUCCUGUGAUAAACCUCAGUGAUUGCGACGAUAUGUUUUCGUAGACACCGUUAUGUGCCGUGCUAAUCAUCAUCUUUCUACCCACUCACUCACCUCCCAAAAUGAAAAGAAGAAAAACCAAACGAAAGAAACAUGAUCACGUCAUUGGAGUGAAUGUUUAUUCUUAGAUCGUCGUUCAAAUUUUGGCUAUUCGUUAAGUUUUCCCCAGCCCAUCUGAAAUCCUUACAGGCAAAUCGACCGUUCCCCCGUCGAAAAAAUGCUCUCCUCGAAAGUGACAAAGGUUUCUAACCUACAAAGUGGCUCAAUUUCAAUUCAUAUCAAAUUUUAGAUUAGAUUAGUACAAAAUUCACAUAGGGAUGGUCAGAGCAUACAGACGUUAAUCGUUAUCGGAGCUUUUCAGUGUUGGGCGAAGUCCGUCUGUUUCCGCUCAAAUUCCUAGCUUCAGCUAUAUGAGACAUCCCGAUUAUUUCUCAGCAUCGCACAGCUGCAACCAAAAGGGUCGGUCCGAAGAGAUGUUUCGUUUUUUAUAAUCGACCGAUUGUAAGAUUUAAUGUAUGGAAAAUCGAUUCAACUCACCUUAACUUAACGCAAACUUCAGGUCAAAUUAGAAUAUUUUUUCUUUAUGUGGCUGGAUCUUAAAUUUGAAAUCGGAUUUUUCCUGAACAAAAUCUCCGAAUUAUACGUGAUAAAAAGAGCGAGGGGGGAAAUUGAACUCGUCGAAGCUGAAUUUUUAGCGUUGGAUGGAUAAAGUGGAAGUAUAAAUCGGAACAUGUCCGGGGAAGCGUGGGUGAAGCGGUGGGGUUUGGGAGGUGUGCUCGGAUCCCGUUGAGAUGCAGCCGUACUCGUCGAUGACGUCGCGGGGGUACUCGUCGCAGGCGAACACGCCGCGGGCGUGCCGGGUGUCGCGGACGCCGCCGAUCUCGCGGUCGAGCUACUACGAGCACGGGCACGGGCGGGACCUGCACCGGAGCGAGCCGCACCUGGCCGGGCCGGGGGCCGGGGCUGUGGCGCUGGACCAGCAGCUGUUGCUCCAGCAGGGGCCUCCGCCGCGGCACCAGUACUACGUGGCGCCCCUCCCGCGGUCUGGGAACCCCACGGCGGCCGUCCACCGGCUGAGCCCCAUCCACCAGCCGCACCCCCACCCGCACCCGUACCCGCACCACGCUCACGCCUUCACCGAGCUCCACCGGCCCCCUCGCCGGGAGCCCUGCCCGGUCGCCCACUGGGAGCUCGACGUCGACCUCCGCCACCACAUCCAAAACUGCACCUGCAGCUGCAACCAUAUGGGAUACGGAAAUUACAUGGACUACCAGACAACUUGCCUGAUAAAUGGAGGUGGAAGGUGCAACGGACAAUCGAGGUCCCUGAUAGCAGCAGUAGAUUCGGUUUCCAGUGACUCCAGUUCAGAUGGACCAAAAGCAAUUUAUGAGUUACGUUUGAGGCCUUGGGCCAUCCUCACAAUAAUAUUUCUCCUCGUCACUGCCAUUUUAGUUGGAAUUGUCGUGCCUUCAGCAUUAAAAAAAUCGAACGGUUCUCCAACUAGCGAAGGAAUGUCUUACGAAGAUCGAUUAGCAAUAGUUCAAAGAAUACUAUCUGAAGUUCCGCUUGUAGAUGGCCACAACGAUUUGCCGUGGAACAUAAGGAAAUUCAUCCACAAUCAACUGUCUUCAUUUAAUUUUUCAUCUGAUCUGCGUACGGUGGAACCCUGGUCAAAGAGUAAUUGGUCACAAACAGACCUACCUCGCCUAAAAAAGGGGAUGGUUGGAGCUCAGUUUUGGUCAGCUUAUGUGCCGUGUGGUGCUCAAUUUUUAGAUGCUGUUCAACUUACAAUGGAACAGAUUGAUGUGAUAAAUAGAUUAAUUUCACUUUACAAUUUAGAUUUACAAUUAGCAACCUCUGUAAAAGGUAUACACGAAGCCAAGAAGGCUGGCAAAAUAGCUAGUCUGAUUGGUGUAGAAGGAGGUCACUCGCUCGGCAAUUCUUUGGCUGUGUUACGGACAUUUCAUAGUGUCGGAGCAAGAUACCUCACGUUAACACACACCUGUCACACGCCAUGGGCGGUGUGCUGUUCGCGUGGAGAGAAUCCUCUUUCAUCUCAUAUUGAUGAAAAUCAAGGACUUUCUAAUUUUGGAAACCUUGUAGUCCGUGAACUGAAUCGGUUGGGAAUGAUCGUGGACCUGAGUCACACGAGCGUGAAAACGAUGGAAGAUGCGUUGAAUGUAACGGUUGCUCCUGUCAUUUUUUCUCACUCGUCCGCCUUCACCCUUUGUAAUUCAUCGCGCAAUGUUCCUGAUCAUGUGCUCAAACUUGUGGCCUUAAAUGGAGGGAUCGUUAUGGUGAGCUUCUAUUCUUAUUUUAUCACAUGCAGCAGUGUGGCAACAAUGGAUGACGUUAUCGCUCACAUAAACCACAUCCGAAAAGUUGCUGGCGAAGAUCAUGUGGGGCUUGGAGCAGGUUACGACGGCAUCAACUACACUGCUGCUGGACUGGAAGACGUGUCUCACUAUCCGGAUCUGUUGGCCAAACUGAUGCAGGACGAAUCCUGGGGCGAACCCCAAAUAAAGAAACUCGCUGGGCUCAACUUUUUACGAGUAUUCGCAAAAGUUGAGAAGGUUCGAGAUGAAUGGCAGCAUGAAGCUCUUCCUGGAGAAGAACAUUUGUUAGCAUCGAAAGACUUAAAGGCCCCUCCACCCUCAGACUGCAACUACGGCUCGUGAUACCCUCACCCUGUCUAUAAUUUCCCAUCCACACAUUUAUUCCUUCUUUCAUUGCCCACGAAGAUAAUUUAUUGAAAGAUGUUUCAACAUUCGAAUUUUCUUUAAGCAACUUCAAAGCCCGGCAUGUUUCAUGACUGAUACGAUGCCCAUCUUAAAGUUCUCGGAUCCUUUUUGGUAAAACAGUUGCAGUGCAUAUCACGAUGGCGGCGCCUGAAUGAAACUAUUUUCGCUGAACGGAUGUUCGUGUUGCAUACGCGUAAAAGAAUGAAGGCACACUCACAUCUUCGGAAAAUUAGCGCAGUUUCAGGA